AAUUAUUUGAAUCGUAUUAGUGCCGAUAGGUGCGCAUGAGUAGCUUAUUUUGAGCGGAUGGAAGACAGACAGCGCUGCAGAUGUGGGCUUUGAUUGUUUUGGCUUUAUCGUUGAGGUUGCAAUUUUAAAGCAGCUAGCUGUCAAAAAUGGAAACGUCAAGUGUGGGCGAAAAUGAGGAUUAUUAUCUGGAAUUAUCGGCUGAUCCUGUCAGAUUUGAAGCUGUCAGCCCUCUUACGAAUGUUUUCUUCGAUGACUCCAACAAACAGGUGUUCGCUGUCCGGUCAGGCGGUGUCACAGGUGUUUUGGUCAAGGGACCGGAGCAUAAUUUAAGUUUUAGAAUGGACGAUAAAGGUCCUAUAAUUUCCAUCAAGUUUUCACCCGAUAUGAAUAUCCUUGCAGUUCAGCGGACCAAUACAUCGGUUGAAUUUUUAAAUUACUCGUCCGUAUCUGGUCUGGACAAUGCGGAAUAUUCACAGUCUUGCAAAGGCAAAAACGCCACUAUUCUGGGAUUUAUUUGGACUCACAGUAAUGAGAUUUUAUUAGUCACGGAUCACGGAGUUGAACUCUUUUUGGUCGUUCCAGAGAAACGACACGUCAAAGCACUUAAAUCUCUCAGUCUCGGCGUCAAUUGGUUCGUGUUCUGCCCCCAGAGUUAUCUAGUUUUACUUUCAUCUGGAACGAUCGGUAACCAGAUGCAGGCACUACACAUAACUCCUGGAAACUUACACAAACUUACCAAAUUUGAAAUGGAGGUUGGAACAACGAAACCUGGAAAACUAGCGGUGUCCGAAAGAGAUGUGGCUCUUGCAGUGCUAUACGGCACACCUUCGAUAAUUGUUCUACGGCAUCAACCGGGAUUGAGCCGAUCCGUCGGUACAGCUCAAGUCUACGUCUAUACCGUCCAUAAGAUGCUCACAAUAAAACGGAGCCACGUUUUAAAGCUCGACACAAGUGGGAGGUUCGCCAUCAAUGUGGUUGACAAUCUGAUCAUUGUCCACCAUCAAGCGUCGGAAACUUCGAUGAUCUUUGAUAUUGAAUUACCCGGGGUCAGUGAUGGCACCGUGAUGCACCACACCAGCAUAGCUUUGCCAAAACCGAUAAAACCGUACAGUCUGAAGGUACCAGGUGCAAGUUUACUGGAGCAACUCUCUCAGCCAUGUCAAUUGUAUUCUCCAAGUUGGGUAGUCUUCCAGCCAAAUAUAAUCAUUGAUGCGAAGCUCGGGUGUCUAUGGUUCAUAGAACUGCGGCUUGAGUCUUUGGUAAAAUUGAUACCCGACAAAGUACUGCUUGUUGAAUUUCUGAUGCAACGUAAAGAUUCAAAGCUCGUCUUGAUGCAAGUACUGAAGAGCUACGUCACUCAGUUACCGUCAAGUCUGAUGUACAUAUCAACGAUAUUUGACAAAUUGAAUUUAGUUUAUCGGAAUCAUCUUGAAAACGAAAUACAAAGUCAGAUGGGGACGCCGUUACAAACCAGCUCUAAAAACGUGCCUACGGUUUCAGAGAAUAUUAAAUACAAACAAGUUGUUGAUCAGAGCGACAUGUACACCCACAUUUUAUCAAAGUUUUCGGAAAGCUCGACAGAACCUAAAAUGAUAUUUUGGAUACUUCUCGAAUAUAUCAGGUCUUUAGCUGAUCACGACAUACCCGUUCAGCAUUAUCUUCACGAAUUAAUCAUCACAACUCUGGUUCACCGUAAAGCGUAUUACCAGCUUCAUCAGCUGCUACAAUACCACGUAGUAGCUGAUUCGAAACCGUUGGCCUGCUUGCUUUUAUCCCUAGAGAACCUCUAUCCGGCUGCUCAUCAGUUGGCUCUGGAUAUGCUCAAACGGUUAGGAAAUGCUCAUGAAGAAAUAAUGGAAGUUCUUUUAUCUAAAGGACACAUACUGCCUGCGCUGAGGUACGUCAGAUCGGUGGGAAUAAUCGAUCAAGUAUCUGCGAGGAAGUUUUUGGAGGCAGCGAAGUCUUUGAACGACCCAACCUUAUUUCAUUCUGUUUACAAGUUCUUCGAGCAACGUAACGUUAGACUACAUAACACGACUGCGUUCAUGAGAGGGGAGCAUUGUCAGACUUAUGUACAACAUUUUAAAUAUCUAUUCCACGGCACUGACAACGGUUGUAAUUCUGAUACGAAUUCGAACGUUUCCACAAUAUCUUCGUAAGAAAUGAGAAAAUAAUUAUUUGCAGCAAGCAGCCAAAUAAUAGAAACACCAUUCGUACAUAUGUAUAAAUAUUCCAUGUGUAAGUAUUAUUUAUAACAUUCAAUAAAACCAGCCUUUGUAUAAAGCUAA